ACGGUGUCUAAUAAUAAAGACGUCAUCCGCUGCUCCGACGGAGUGCGCAGCUCCUAACUGUAGAUAGGACAACAACAAUCUCAGCAUGCUCGCGCACAACAUAGGAAUCUUCUCAUCUUCUCAUCUUGCGAAUCGAAACACAUGACUAUUGAAUUCUGCAUUUGGUCCGCAGCUCAGAGAGCGUCGUCGUGUGCAGGACAUAAAUAACCAGGCGAUUCGAGUUCCUUUCUGCACGUUAGCACAGCGUACUGCUACCAAUAACAGGAUGCACUGUAUUGCUUUUAAAGCCCCACCAAAAUGCGGACACGCUCAGUACAGCAUGCAAGCAGCAGGCGGCGGUCAUUCACACACGCAGAGAAAAAAAGAUAGCAGCAAUAUGGAGGACACUCGCGGCCUUCCGCCAAACAAGCCCUCAAACACUCUAGUGGAGUGGAGGAAGAGAGUCAAGUCUGAGUACAUGAGACUUCGGCAACUGAAGCGCUUCCGUAAGGCUGAGGAAGUCAAGUCCUUUUUCAUGGCCAGUCGCAGGAAGAUCAAGGAAAGGACCAGCCUGCUGAAUGAAGAGUGGUCCAAGCUGAGAAUACAGCCCAUUCCGCUUGCCUCUGCCAUGGGAGCUGUGCCUAACAACAAGCAGUGUGUGGUGGAAUCUGGUUUCCCUGCAUUCAAGAAGCAGAGUGUUGUGAUGAGGACUCUGAAUACAGUUGCGGGAGUCCCAUUCAUGUACUCCUGGUCCCCACUACAGCACAACUUCAUGGUGGAGGACGAAACGUUCCUGCACAACAUUCCUUACAUGGGGGAUGAGGUGCUGGAGCAGGACGAAGCCUUCCUGGAGGAGCUCAUCGACAACUACGACGGCGUGCACGGGGACCGAGAGGGCGGCUUCAUCAACGACGAGAUCUUCAAAGAGUUGGUGGAGGCGCUGAGCCAAUACUCAGAUCACGAGGAGGAAGACGAGGGUGGGGAGACCGUGGAAGAGGAUGUGGAGAGGAAGAGUGUGGCAGAGGGGGUGGAAGAUGCCAAGGUUGGGCAGCCAGUCCUUUUCAGGAAGACGAGGCGAAGCAUAGCAGAAGCAAAAGAUUUAGUGACCAAUAAGAAGAUCCCCCAUGACAAGAUAUUCAAAGCCAUCGCCUCUAUGUUUCCGUACAAAGGCACAACAGAGCAGCUGAAGGAGAAGUACAAGGACCUUCUGGAGCCUCCCAGCCCGGUCAAGCUACCUCCUCAGUGCACGCCCAAUAUCGACGGCCCCUUCGCCAAGUCUGUUCAGCGAGAGCAGUCUCUGCACUCCUUCCACACCCUGUUCUGCAGGCGCUGCUUCAAAUACGACUGCUUCCUCCACCCCUUCCACGCCACUCCCAAUGUGUACAAGAGGAAGAACAAGGAGAUUCGAAAGGAGACUGAACCCUGUGGGCUGGACUGCUUCCUGCUGCAGAAAGGGGCGAAGGAGUUUGCGGAUCACAACAUGCUGAGGGCCCAGCGGUCGCGGCGGCGACGAAGGCAGCCCCGCCCGCCCAGCGCCAGCUGCCCGGGGUCAUCUGCCUCGACCGGGGAGAGCAAGGAGGGCGACAGUGACCACGAGACCACCAGCUCCUCAGAGGGGAACUCGCGCUGCCAGACGCCCACGAAGAUGAGGCAGGGAGGCGACGGCGGGGAGGAGGCGGAGCCGCAGGUCCAGUGGAGCGGCGCCGAGGAGUCCCUCUUCCGGGUGCUGCACGGCACCUACUACAACAACUUCUGCUCCAUCGCCCGCCUCAUCGGCACCAAGACCUGCAAGCAGGUGUACGAUUUCGCGGUGAAGGAGAUGCUCAUCCACCGUGUCCCUCUGGAGGAUGGGGCCAUCUCACCACAGAAGAAGAAGAGGAAGCACAGGUUGUGGGCAAAGAUUCAACUUAAGAAAGAUAAUUCAUCCAAUCAGGUGUACAACUACCAGCCGUGUGAUCACCCCGACCACCCAUGUGACAGCGCUUGCCCCUGUGUGAUGACCCAAAACUUCUGUGAGAAGUUCUGCCAGUGUGACUCGGAGUGCCAGAACCGCUUCCCGGGCUGCCGCUGCAAGACCCAGUGCAACACCAAGCAGUGCCCCUGCUACCUGGCGGUGCGCGAGUGCGACCCGGACCUGUGCAUGACCUGCGGCGCCACCGACCACUGGGACAGCAAGAGCCUGUCCUGCAAGAACUGCAGCAUCCAGAGGGGCCUGAAGAAGCACCUCCUCCUGGCACCUUCGGAUGUGGCUGGUUGGGGAACUUUCAUCAAAGAGUCCGUGCAGAAGAACGAGUUCAUCUCUGAGUACUGUGGAGAGCUCAUUUCCCAAGAUGAAGCUGACCGGCGUGGUAGGAUCUAUGACAAGUACAUGUCCAGCUUCCUGUUCAACCUGAACAAUGACUUUGUUGUGGAUGCCACCAGAAAAGGAAACAAAAUCAGAUUUGCAAACCACUCUGUGAAUCCCAACUGUUAUGCUAAAGUGGUGAUGGUGAAUGGAGACCACAGGAUAGGGAUCUUUGCCAAAAGGGCCAUCCAGCAGGGAGAGGAGCUGUUCUUUGACUACAGGUACAGCCAAGCUGAUGCCCUGAAGUACGUGGGGAUUGAGCGGGACAUCGAGAUCAUGUAACCUGACCCGCCACACCCCCCACCUGCUGGUAAUGCUACUGCACGUUCCCACAAUGCCCUGCGUAGGAUCUGGGUAAUAGGGUGCAGGCCCACCCAGGGCAGCCCCCUGUGACAUCCCACAUCCCCACAUCCGGUCCCUGUAUUUGCAGUCCAUUCUGUGCGUUGUUUUCGGUCCAUCGCUCCCGAAAGUAGUCUACACCGUGAAGCUUACAUGACCAGUUCAAAAAAUAAUAGUCCGUAGUGGAGUUAAUAUGUUAAUGCAACACACUGCUUUUUAUGGUCAAAAAAUGGAGGGGGGGAAAUCCAAGCAACACUUUGUUUUUGCUUCAGUGCUUAGAUAUGUAUAUUCUGAAUAAAUGUCAAAAAGCUAAAGUGAUAGAGAAAUGCAAAAGUUGUUGAAAUAUCCAGUCCAUACAACACAUUUAUCAGUGAGUGUCAUAGCUUUUGUGUGCUGCUCUUUAUAUUCCAGAAAGUGCACAAUUUUUCUAAAGUGUAUCCUGACUAUAGAUUUACUCUGCUUGGUGGUCCCAGGACUGGAGCUCUACAUUGUCUAUGUUAUCUCUGCUUCUGGCUAUGUAAUGCAGAACAAAAGGGACCUUUGAAGCUGCAAUUUGUCUUUAUGAGCUGCUUUGUCUUGACUUUGUGGGCCCUCGUUUUGCGAAAAAAUUGGUAUCAGUGUCCUGCAAAAUGCAACAGUACGAAACCGACCAAAUGAAUGUGAGCUUUCCCUGGGGGAAAAAAAAAAAAACAAGCUAGAGAACAUGACUGAUCCGGACCAAUGUGUCACUCAAAAAAACGUACGCGCAAUAAGAAUGGGUGUUGAAGGGUCUUAACGUAGUGGCUGAUGAGCCUUCUCUACUGCAUUAUGUAGUGUGAACUCACACAGUGAUAGGUUGUGCAAAACAUCCGGGAGAUGUAUUGUCCCUGUUGGAGGUUUCAGGGGUUUCAGGGGAGGUUGGGAAAUUCUCAUGAGGAGGUCUACAAACUGUACCAAACUGCCAUAUUGGCUGUGCAAUACAGUGGCCCAGCCAUUACCCCGCUGUAGAUAGAAGAGGCGAGAGGUCUUUACGAAGAUGAGGGUCAGAAUGAGGAUUCAUUUGAUGCAAGUAAAUAAAAGAAUAUUGGUGGAUUCAAAACAUUUACUCAGCAUUGGAUUUGGUGCCAAUUAAUUCAUGUUUAAAAGAAAAAAAAUUGUUAUCUAUUAUUUAUUCAUUUAGAAAUAAGAGCUUCUCCUGUUUCUUUCCUAUGUGGCUAUACCCCAGUGCCAGUGAAAGACUGGCUGUCUUCCCUGAUGAAACUUACAAUGUAUGUGCCAAUUAUCAACACACUUUAAAAUUGACUGGCAUAUAUGGGAAAUUCUUUAUGCGCACACAGUUAAGUACACAAUUACCAUACAUAUUUCUCAGAAAAGUCUAUAAAUAAAUUUUGAAUAGGAAAAGAGACACCUACCAAACUGUGUUCAGAUUAAUCUAAUCUGCUUGUUUUGCGCAAAAUGUAAAUUUCAGUACAUGUCUUUAUAAUGGGGCUGUUGAAACAAGACAUGAAUAAUGUUUACUUGUUUACCACAACCUCAUUUUACUCUACAUAUAUUAUACUCAAGUAAAGCGUGUUCUAUUUAAAAAAGAAUUAUGAGAAGAAUACCUGAUACCUACUUUGAAAAGCAAGUAAAUAGGAGAGUACAAAAAAGUAAACUUUACUAAAUUGUAUUCAGUAUGUUAAGGUAUAUUACCAUAUUUUAAUUAUGAACUGUCAAAGGUCUUGAAUUCAAAAUUGUUUACAAGCAUGUCAUUCUGUCUGGUGGUUAGAAUUAGUUGAUUAAACAAGACUGACAAGCCUGUAUUAUAUUAUCAAAUUUUACAAUUUUAUCUUAUUUUUAUACAAUUUAUUUUAUUACCUUAGCACCACCCUUACGUUAUAGGAAGUACACUCAGAUUAAUCUCAGUGUCAUUAAAUGGAUAUUUGACCAUUCCCAGAAAUAGAUGGACAUACACUGCAUAAAGUUGAACUCUGUGCUUCAACUUAGAUGCCCAUGGAACCAAAAGAAAGAAUGAUUUACAUUUUAAAUGUUUAAUCAUAAUUGGUAACUUAAAUAUUUAAAAUGUUACAUUGUACUGUAGUGCAAACAGUUAAACGUAUGUCAUUCAAUCCACUAUUUCACCUUGGUCAGUACAUGCAACUUUUUAAAAAAGGGCUUUUGUAGUGAAAUCUAACCUUGAACUUUGUACUAAGAGGAGACGGAUGGUUUAAGAAAGGUAGAUGAACUAUGUAAUCCAAAGCAGGGGUUGACACUUAUUUUGCGCUUAUAGUUCUAAAAAAAGAAUGAGGUCACACUUUCGUUCCUUCGAUGUCCUUGUUUGUUUUUUGUUUGGGGGUGGGGGACAUCCAUGCCAAGUUAAGACAAAUACAUUUCCAAAGUCAGCUGAUCUUUCGUGAUUUCAUUUUGUGUGGAGUGAGGAGAGAUUUUAGUCUGCCCCAACACGCGCUUAUUUGCCAACAUUGGAACGAUACAAGACAGCUGUAAUGUAACGUGAUUCGCUGUAACUUAUUUGUAACUCUUGUACUCAUUAAAAAUGAUGGCAUUUAA